AUGGCUAACAAUUUUGUUAGAGGAGGGGAAACAAAAUAUGAUUUUUUUCCUGAAAGAAUACAGUGCCCCUGCACUGCAGAAGGUAAAGCAGGGAGGGAGGGGUCUGGAAAGGAAGCAGGGAAGGAAAGGAAGAGAGGAAGAAAACGGACGCUCCGAGGGCAAGUGGUGCCGGAUUUUUGUCAGUCUCCUCCCCACCUAGUCUCUUGUAUCCAAUACAACCUUUGCCUUCAUUGCCGCAGUUCCGUUUCACAUCCCAUCCUCUCCAUUUCCACCCCCUCCCAUGGCCUGAUUUCCGAGCCCCCCCGCCAUUCGCCCCGCCCCCGAAUCCGCCGUCUCAUCGAACGCCCGGUGCCGUGGGGAGAAGCGAGGCUCCGGUUCUUUGUUUCUUGGCGGCCGAAAUAUAAGGGAAUAUGAUUGACGAUGAGGAAAGCCAAGGGAUUAAGAAGGUGCAUUUCAGGGAUUCGUUCUCCCAGCACCCUAUAGUUACCUACAAGAGGCGUCGGCAGCAGAAGCCACAGACGCAGCAGCAAUUACGGCAACCACCGCCAUCCCUACAGCAGCAUCCGGAGCCACAGCUACAGGUGAAGCUGGAGCCAAAGACUGAAGAUGUGCCGGAACAGCAGAAUAACGAUACUUUUUGGAAAAGUAGAGAUAUGGGAUGGAAGUAUGGCAUAAUGAUUGAUGAAAAUAGACAACACUGGAAGUGUAUGUAUUGUGGUCUAAUUAGGUAUGGUGGUGGUGUAUCUAGACUCAAACGACAUCUAGCUGGUGAUUUAGAUGUCAAAAUGUGCCCUGAAGUUCCAGCAGAUGUUGUUGAGGAGAUAAGGGAGCAUUUGCGGAAGAAACGAGAGAGACGGAGGAAGCGAGCUGCACAAAAUGGUGGUGACAAUGUAAAGGCUAAGAACCCUUCUGGUGAUGCUAAUGUUGAGAAGGAUCUUCUACCUUCUAAUUCAGUGCUUCCUGAUGGAAUGGAUACUAAUGUUCUUGAAGAAGUCACUAACCAAACGGGUUCGGUUCACCACGAGACUACUCCCAGGUUUCCGAUAUUGAGAGCAAGGGAUAUUGGCUGGGAGCAUGCUGUGGAUCUUGAUGGAAAUAAAAGACGGUGGCAAUGCAAGUUCUGUUCUCUAUGUCGAAGUGGUGGUGUAACUACUUUGAAGGCUCAUCUCAUUGAUGACAGCUGCCCAAACGUUCCAAAGGAAAUUUCAAAGAAAGUAUCAAACUUCAUUGAAGAGAAAAGAGCAACACGCCUUCUUUUGAAUAAUUAUGUCUUUAAUGUUGAUGAGGACUUCAACACAAUACUUCAAGAAGGGACUGUAGAAUAUGUAAAUGAACAACAACCUUCAAGAAAGGCUACAUAUGUGCAAACAUUAUCUAAGUGUGCUAUUAAUGAGAUAGCAGCGGGAAGCAAGCAAUGUGGUGCAGAAUGUAGUGGCCAGCCAGUUGAGCAUUGUGAUCAGCCUGAAGAGCAGUGCACAAUGGAUUAUGGCAGGAUGGAUCGAUUGACUAGCAAUAAGAACCAGAUUUUGGACAAGAAUACUGAGAAUUCAAAAAAUACAAAGAUGUUGAAACCAUGCCGGAAAAGUGAGUUUAACACAAGGAAGCACAUAAUUAUUGUUGAUAAAAUUGGGAGGCAUUGGAAGUGUAGAUACUGUGGCAUGGAUGUGUAUGGUAAAAAGUUUCAGCUCCAUUAUCAUCUAGCUGGUGCAUUUCGUCAGGCUAAGUGUCCAAAUGUUCCUAGAGAAGUUUUUGCAAAAGCAAGACAGCAUGUUCUGACAAAGAAAAUGCUAAAAAAGAGUAAAGCUGAGCAACAGAUUCCUUCUAGUCCACAUAUUCUUGCCCAAUCUGGUGAAGAACGGCAGAACAAUGAUCCAUUUUGUGGGAAUCAGUCUCAACUGUCAAUAAACAAUGAACCUAGGGAGGUACACAAUUACCCUGCAGUGCUAAGGGACAGUGCAUGGGAACAUUCUCUGAUAUAUGAGAAAGAAAACGGACACUGGAAGUGCAAGUGGUGCAGUAUUGAGGGUGAUCAUGGUUUAACUAGAUUGAUGUGGCAUCUUGUUGGAUGGCAGAAUCGACCUCAGUGCCCAAAUAUACCAAAGGAUGUUGCUGAAAAGAUGAAGGAUCAAAUGAUGUCAAAGAAGGAGCAGAAAGCGAGAUCAGGUUUGUUUGACGGCAAUGGCUGUUGUGAGGUGUUGUGCUCUUCUAAUAGUUCACAACUUGAUCAGAACCAUCUCACUGCAAGAAUACAUGACAGAUGUUCUUCCCAGGCUUUUGACCAUGCUAACAGUGAAUUAAAAGGAUGCAACAUGUUAUCCAAUACUAUUCUUUCACAACAGAGUUCCAAUCCUCAGGUGCAUCAUGAGGAUCCUCAGGUGUGUCAUGAGCAAGAGAGGAAGGAGGUUGCCACCUCUUCAGAACCUGGCUGUGAGCAAGGUCAGAGGAUGCAGUGGCAGUCGCAAAAUAAGCCAAUGAUGGAAGGACCUCAUGACAAUGGAUUAUGUGGUGACACAAACCAGUUGGAGGAACAAAAAAGUGGCUUUGGAAUUAGUGACUGCUGGAGGUAUGUUUUGGAUGGACAAAUGCACUUGCCUGAUGUACAGGAGGGUGCUGGAAUUGGGACAUGCAUCCGUGAUGCUCUUCUCUAUGGUUGUGCUGAAUUUGGCACAGUACCUGACAAAAUGGAAAUGGAUUGUGAUAAAACAGUGGAUGCGAACACUGCUAAGUGCCAGAAUAUUCUUAAGGAUGUUUUAAGAUCGGAGAACUUUGCUUUGUUGUGCAGUGUACUCUGCAGAACUGUACAUCAAGAUGGGGAAAGAACUAGAUAUUUUGAUUUUGGUGUGAUUGAUUCAAGGAUGAAAAAUGGAAAUUAUGGGCCUGAACCUGAAUUAUUCGUCCAUGAUCUGAAACUGUUAUGGGAAGAUCUUAAAGUGGCUGGUCAAGAUAUUGUUCACCUAGCAAAUAAUCUAUCAAGCCUCACAGAGGACUCCUAUGAAAAGCUGGUUGGAAGAGAGAGAGGAUCAGAUGAUGAUGAGCUCAAUGAAGCUGUGGUGGCCAGGUCUGAACCGAAAAACCUAGUUCAACCAAAUGCAUCGGUACCCUUGACCUCACAAGGCUUUAACCAAUUAUUGGAUCAACCCGGGCCUUCUGAUCCUUCUGUUGUAUACAAGGACAGUAUCUGCAACCGAUGUGGGAAAGUAGCAGGAGCUGGUAGCGUUCUCAAAUGUUACAGGUGCAUGCUACCUUGCCACAUUUCAUGCAUUGAGGCUACUGGUUCACCCAUUUCAACUGGAAGGUGGUGUUGUAAAAACUGCAGCGCUGGCACUAAGGAACCAGUUGAAGGAGACAUGGUCUUAGCCCAUGGCAAUCCAAAUUGCUUGCAUGAAAGUUGUGUCGUCUGCGACAGACUUGCGGCCUGCAGGUCUCCAAAAUGUGAUAACUCAAGAGCAUUGGUUAUUUCCAGCGUGGACCCAGAGAUUGAUACAUGUUACUCAUGCAAGAUAUGUGGAGGCACCGAAGAGGAUGAGAAGAGGUUCUUGAUAUGCGGCAACGUCCUCUGCCGAUACAUGUACUACCACAUUGGGUGCCUCAAGUCCAUGCAGAUCUCUACCAGUGUAGAGAGGGGCAGCCCGUGCUGGUACUGCCCGUCUUGCCUUUGCCGAGUUUGUCUGUGUGACAAAGACGACGACCUGACCAUUCUGUGCGAUGGUUGCGACGAGGCUUACCAUAUCUACUGCAUAACACCUCGCCAUACUUCAAUACCCAAGGGGCAGUGGUAUUGCUCAUCGUGCAGCGUGGAGAGGGCAGAAGAGGGGAUGAGACAGUACGAGAGGAGGACGCUGAAGCUCCACCGGAAGGAGGAUGCUGGACUACAAAGUUGGAAUUUUGAUGGUGUGGACCUGCUGCUAUCUGCCGCGGAGCAGCUCAGGAUAGAUGAGCAGCUGGAGACUCGUACAGAUUAGCGUGUUGCACCUACACUCUGGUCCUUUUGCCGUGCUAAAGUGAGUUUGUUGUUUGAAGAGCAGAGGCCUGCCUCAGGAUCAGAGCUCGGGCAAGGGCAGUUAACAAAAUUUGCUGCAGUCCUCUCACGAACUGAUGAAAAUACAAGGAUCUUCAAACAGCAUUCGCCUUUUGAGAUGCGUGCUAUAUGAUAACAUGCUGUAGGAUAUUUGUUUCGUUUAUCUGUCUUUUUGCUUUGUUGCACUUGCACCUGCUUGAGAAGAUACUUAACUCGAUACACCUUACUGGUAUCCAAACUGCAAGGGAUGUUCUUAAAUUCAAGGAAAAUCUCCAAUUUGAGAGAGCAAGCCGUCUUUGAAAACUGCCUCAGGUUUUUGUUGAGGCUGUUAUUAUGCUUUGUGGCCUGAAUUAUUUUAGACAUACAAA